UCCUGCGGCCAAACGCGCGCAUCACUCCGCCCUCGACGUGCCAAAGUCGGGCUUGGACUCCGGGAUCGUAGGCAGCUCAGAAACAUUCUGGUGGUCCACACAUUCAUUUUUCUCUAUUUUGGAAUUCCUUCUUUUUUCUUUUCUUUUUUUUUUUUUUUUUCUUCUUGCCUCCACCGCCUCUUCUGGCCGACUUUUGAGAGAGAUUUACCGGACAUGGCUUUCCCUCAGCUGGGGUACCCCCAGUUCCUCAGUGCCUCCGCCCACGAGAUUUACGCGGGGGAACGGCCGGCCUCGAGCCGGGAAGCAAGCGCCGAGAGCGGGGUGAGUUCGUCGGCCGCAGCCGCUGCUGUGGGCUCCAUGCUGGGGAUGUACGGGAGCCCGUGGGCGGCCCCCAACUAUAGUGCCUUUUUGCCGUAUAGCGGAGCUCCAGACCUGGCUCUCAUCUCCCAGAUGGGCUCCCAGUACGAGCUGAAGGACAGCCCCGGUGCCCACCCGGCCUCCCUGCCGGCCGUGCACGCCGCGCAGAGCUUCUACUCAUACGGACAGUAUCCCUACGGGGAUCCGUCGAGGGCCAAGACGGCCACCCGGGAGACCACCAGCACCCUGAAGGCCUGGCUGCAGGAGCACCAGAAGAACCCUUAUCCCACCAAGGGGGAGAAGAUCAUGCUGGCCAUCAUUACCAGGAUGACACUCACGCAGGUGUCCACCUGGUUUGCCAACGCGCGCCGGCGCCUGAAGAAGGAGAACAAGGUGACGUGGGGCCGCAGCGCGGAGGACCGGGACGGACGCAUCUUCAGCAGCGACAACGAGGACGAGCACGGCAAGAACGGCAGCGACGAGGAGGAAGAGGAGGAUGAGGAGGAGGAGAUCGACUUGGAAACGGUGGACAGCGAGCGGCCGGAGGAGGAGCGCGCAGGCGGCAAGAAGGCGGGCAUGGAGGCGGCAGACACGGAGGCCUCGACCGAGGCGAGCCCCAGGACGCUUUCCCUCGCCAAAGUCCAGCCUGCGGCGGUCAAACUCGACGCGGAUCUGUCGCCCAUCAGACCGCCGCAGAGCAAACCCAAAAUCUGGUCCCUCGCGGAGACCGCGGCGGCCCCGGACAGCGGCGCGCACAAAGCCGCCCUGCACGCACAUGCGCAGGCGCACCACCCGGCGCUGCUCCCGGGUAACCAGGGGAUUUACACCUGCCAGAUCGGCAAACUGCACAACUGGGCCAACGCGGCCUUCCUCAACGCCAACUCGCUUUUCAACAUGCGCUCGCUGCUCGGGGGCGCGCCGGGCGGACACGUCGUGCCUUCUUUCCGCGGCGCGCACGCCCCCUGCGCCGCGCGACCCGGGCGGGCCACCGGCACGUCGGGGACGGAGGACGACAGCGACGACGGGGGGGACUCGUCCGGAAGCUUUAGCCCGAAACGAGACGAUGAAGACAGCGACCACAGAGCGGAUUCUCUCAAGUCUCCAUUCCGGAUCAUCACCGACAGACCUCAUCACGGCAGCGGGGCACAGCGGGCGCUCACCACAACAUUGUGAGAGGACUCCCCAACAAUAUUCAUUUUUAUUUAACCCAGAAGAAAAGACUAUUUUGGACCUGUAAUAGAGUGGUACUGUUUAGCUAUACUUGUUAUGUGUCCUCCCUUUUAUGUACGGGUUCUUUUUUGGGGGCGGGGGGGAAUGUGUAAAUACCGGAUAUGGAUAUGUCUUUAAAAAGAAUAUAUUUUUGGGAAACUAAAUAAAUGUCAUUAUAGUCAUUUAUUAUUGGAAAAGAGAAGACGCCUGUACUUGUCUCGGGGGAAAUACCAAAGAAGAGCAGAUUUGUUAUUAUUGUAGCGU